UAUUUUGAGCAGAUCCCUGACGUGGCUCCUGAUCAGCUGUCGUUCUUCGGGGGGGCAGUGGAGAUCGCUGACUUCUGUCCGUUCAGUCAGGAGUUCAGUUGGCACCUGAGUGGAGAAUAUCAGAGGAACUCGUACUGCAGAGUGUCGGAGAACCAGCCAGACUGGUGGAGGAACUACGGAGCGGAGCAGUACGGCCCAGACUCUGUGUGUCUGUACCAGAAGUCGGCGUUCGUCAUGGAGCAGUGCACGAGGAAGAUGACGUAUCCAGACUGGGGCUCCGGAUGCUACAAGGUGUGGUGCUCGGCUCAGGGCCUGACGGUGUUCGUCCAGGAUCGCUCCUUCCUCUGCGUCCGUAGAGGUCAGCUGCUGAGCGUUAGCGUUCGAGUCAACGACUGGGUUUACAACGGCGUCCUCGUCUGUCCCGCCUGCUCCGACUUCUGCUCCGACUGUCCCCUCCCCCACCAGCUCCCGCCCAUCAACACCUCCAGGACUAACCCCAUUGACCCGUGCUCCGGUUCUCCUGGUCUGCCCAUCACUCUGUGGCUCCUGCUGCUCAACCUGCUCCCUCUAGUGGCUGGACUGCUGCUGUGCCACUGCAGCUGAUUAACGCUGAGGCAGCUCCUCCCUCAUCCUUUCAUUCUGUAUCCAUCUUCUUUUCUCCGUCAUUCCUCCCUCAGGACGUCCAAUCUGUCGUUCCCUUUUUCUCCAAAGCAAAAGGAAGAUAAAGUGUUCAUCCCUCGGACAGACGUCUUUGUGCUGAAGCUCCAGGUUCAUUUCUUCUGCUCGACACGUCCUGUCCGUUUAGUUUUGGCCCCAAGGCAGAAGUGAUCCAUUCACCUCAAGAACUUCAACUCGAGGUCAUCGUGCGUCAUAUAAUUAUUUCAGCUUCGCUGAAGGUCACAAGGCUGCGUCCCGUCUCCAGUCCCCACGAACCAGGAGGACGAGGAGACGUUUGGACCGAAGGAGUCACCACAGUUUAGGUACAAAACACUCACACGUGUUUUUAAGUGUCGCUGACUUUGAAAGAACUUCUUCUUCUUAAUGAAACAUAAGGAGCUUAGUGACCCCUGGUGGCAGCAGGAGAUAACUGUCAGUUUACAUGGCCGUUUAUCCAGAAAACGUGUACUGUAAAUAUAAAUACAUCAUGUUUUUUAGAGCUGGGUGGGGAAAGAGGCACAACAGGUCUCCCAGCCUCCUCCUGAUGAGUCACAUGAGAUUAAAUGUGUCUCUACUUUUACUAACAAAGACAAACGGGAUCAAUCUGUGGCAGCUCAGUGGAGACCAGUCAGGUGUGUUUUCUUUUAAACGUCAUACGAAGACAAAAGCAACGCUUCUUUAAUUUACAUUUACUUUGACAAAGAACAAACCAAGAAUGUCAUGUUUGUUCAACGUAGGUUUGUCAUGUUCGUUUUAUGAUCAGAUGUGAGGGAAGUAGAAAAAUGUAAAUAAAGAUGGACGACACGUCUCCACUUCCUCACGUUGUAUAAAAAUUAAGCUAAAAUAUCUCAGAGACAAACGCUGCCAUCUUGUGGUGAUGGCGUCUUUUACAGUCAGAGUCUGCAGCAGUGAUCAUGGAGCUGUGGUAUUGUGGCCCCGCCCACACUCACUCUCAACCAAUACUGAGUCAGUCUCAGCUGUCAAUCCUGACGUCUCUGCCUGUUCUUAUAUCGGUGAGAGAAGAACGAAAAACAUUUAUUUAACGUCAGCCACCAGGGGGCGAUGGAGACUUUAGAGGAGUCGUCCUGUCGUUAAUCUUUAUUUACUGGUUAUGACAAAAGCUGAAGUUCAAGUCUUAACGUGACAGGAUGAAAACACAAGUGAGAUUUUGAUUUCAUUUCUCGACGAUUGUUCAGAUUUACUGUAACGUGAAGACGAGCGUCCAUCAGACGGAUUUGAAGACAUUAGUUGGAUGUUGACAGUUUAGGAUCGUGUGCAGUAGAUUCACCCUGUGUUCUUUAUUUAUUUAUUUAUGCUUUUGUUAUGAAAGUUUCCAAUGUGAUGACGAUUUUAUUAGUUUGAGAUCAGAAUUGAAGACUCGGUUUUAUUAAAACUCACGAUGUUUAUUUGGAGAAAUCAUUUGAGGCGGUUCGUUCAGUGAAACUCUGUUGACUUGAUUCUGUUAGUUUUUUAGAAAAGGGCUUUUUAAGACAAAUCCUAAAACAACAAAUAAAUGAAGUCUGUAACCCAGA